AUGGGGUCGUGGCGCAAGGCCUACGGCGCCCUCAAGGACUCCACCACGGUUGGCCUCGCCAAGGUCAACAGCGAAUUCAAGGAAUUGGAUAUUGCAAUUGUGAGGGCAACCAACCACGUCGAAUGCCCUCCCAAGGAACGGCACGUUAGAAAAAUAUUCUUGGCAACCUCAGCAAAUUGCCCUCGCGCAGACGUCUCGUACUGCAUAUAUGCAUUGUCAAGGAGAUUGUCCAAGACAAAGAACUGGAUAGUUGCGCUCAAGACAUUGAUAGUGGUACAUAGGCUUCUGAGAGAGGGUGAUCCCACAUUCAAGGAAGAGUUUCUGGCCUACUCAUCCAGGGGGAACAUUUUGCAUAUAGCCAAUUUCAAGGAUGACUCUAGUCAAUCAGCUUGGGAUUGCUCAGCAUGGGUUCGCACCUAUGCAUUCUUCCUGGAGGAACGGCUCGAGUGCUUUAGGGUUCUCAAAUACGACAUCGAAACUGAGCGUCUUGUGAGAUAUCCCCAGACUUCUAGCAAGGCACACAGUAAAACCAGGACCCUACCUAGCCCAGACCUUUUGGAACAGUUGCCUGCACUGCAGCAGCUGCUUUUCAGGGUUGUAGGCGUCCAGCCUGAAGGUGCUGCCUGCUCAAAUUACCUUAUUCAGUAUGCUCUAGCCCUGGUUCUGAAGGAGAGCUUCAAGAUCUACUGUUCAAUUAAUGAUGGCAUCAUCAAUCUCGUUGAUAUGUUCUUCGAUAUGCCAAAGUAUGAUGCAAUCAACGCUCUGGCAAUUUACAAACGAGCUGGCCUGCAGGCAGAAAACCUUGCUGAGUUCUAUGACUUCUGCAAACAACUUGAGCUUGCCAGGACAUUCCAGUUUCCUACUCUCAGGCAGGAGCCGAAGCUACUGACCUAUGACGAAGAAGCUUCAGAGGAACCCGAAAAUCCAGUGGAAGAGGAGAAAGUAGAACCUGAAGAAGAACCAGAACCUCAACCUGUGCCUGAUCCAGAACCCCACCCACAGCAAACAACUGGGGAUCUACUAAACCUGGAUGCAGAGGUGAAUCCUUCGAUUUUGGAACUCGAAGAAAGCAAUGCAUUGGCACUUGCUAUUGUAGCACCAGGUGACUACAAGGCGUCAGCAACUCAAAGUAUGUUUGAUGUCAAUUUGUCUGGGUGGGAGCUGGCACUGGUCACUGCUCCAAGCACCCAUACAAGCCAAGCAGUUCAGACCAACUUGGCUGGAGGCUUUGACAAGCUGCUACUUGACAGCCUCUAUGAAGACGAGGCAAGGAGGCAGCAGAUCGCCAGCGUGACCUACACCGGUAGCCUAGGAGCACCCAACCCUUUCGGCGCCAAUGCCAACGAUCCGUUCGCCAUGUUCAGCAGCUUCGCACCACCGGCUCAUGUGCAGUUGACACUGAUGACUCAGAACCAACAGCAGUACUACCAGGCGCAGCAGUAUUUCCAGCCACAGCAUCAACAGCAGUUUCUCCAGCCACAGCAUCAGCAGCAGUACUUUCAGCAGCAUCAACAGACGUCGGCAAUGCCAACACUAAACAUGUACCACCACCAGUAUCAGUACUCUGUGCCUCCAUCUGGAGCUUCAAACCCGUUUGGUGAUCCUUUCAGUGACCUUGCCCCAAUGGGUGCUCCUGGAAAACAGAGCAACUCAGUUUUUCCCUGA